GGUUGACCUUGCUUGCAUGAGGGAUGCUAUUUAACAAGCUUGGCAGUGAUUCUAGCAAGAUUAAGCCCUUGGUUCCAGUGGAUCUUGUUGUUGAUCAUUCCGUUCAGGUGGAUGUAGCAAGAUCAGAAAAUGCAGUGAAGGCAAAUAUGGAUCUUGAAUUCCAGAGGAACAAGGAGAGAUUUGCUUUUUUUAAAUGGGGAUCUACUGCUUUUCAUAACAUGCUUGUUGUUCCUCCAGGCUCUGGUAUCGUGCAUCAGGUUAACCUGGAAUACCUUGAUCGGGUUGUAUUCAACACUGAUGGCCUGCUGUACGCUGAUAGUGUGGUUGGAACUGAUUCCCAUACAACUAUGAUCGAUGGGUUAGGAGUUGCUGGAUGGGGAGUUGGAGGAAUUGAAGCAGAGGUAGCAAUGCUUGGCCAGCCCAUGAGCAUGGUAUUACCUGGUGUUGUUGGGUUCAAGUUGACCGGAAAGUUCCUAGAUGGGGUCACCACCACCGACUUAGUUUUAACUGUAACCCAAAUGUUGAGUCAAGUGAAUCCAAGAACUGGACCGAUAUUUCCUCAAAAAUUAGUAUCACCUCUAAUGGCUUACCGAACGAGCAUGGGUGCAGUUACUCCGCCUGGAAGUGGACCUUUAUCCGCUCCAGUACAGCAGCCGCAGCUUUACGCAUCGUGUGACGUAGCAACUGCCAUGUCUUCAUAG